GUUUUGUGUGUUACCCUCACCCACCAUAAGCAUAAAUAAUGCUCAUUUGUGAGUGGGUGGGGACUCUCUCUGGGGCUUUCAGGGGUUUGACCCAUGAUAAGGGAGGAAGUGUAUGGUUAUGGAUGCGUGUUGAGGAAGAUGGGACGGCAUAAAAGCAUCAACUGGGCUUCAAGUAUUCAUUUUACUCACAUAAAUGGGGGCACUUGUUCUGACACGCAGAACAAUACUUCUUGGGACAAUGGGUCAGAAUAUUUAAAAUCAAGGCUGACCCAGCAACUAUAGGCUCGUGGGUUGCUCUAAUUGGAAAUAAUGCCCUAAAUGUUUCCGGCGGCUUUUGAAGGAUACACAGUAAAUGGUAUUCAUAUGAAUAUUUUUGUUAUUCUGUUGGAAAUAAAUGUUAGUUUUUGCAUGUUUAAAUCAGUAAGUGAAUUUUGCUUGUAUUAAUUGAGAGUAUUUUAGAGCCCACAAGCCAACUAAAGCUUUUGCCUCUGGUUUCCUUAGAAAGAAAUGUGAUGUUAAUCCUGGGGCCUUGAUGUUUUACAAUGCCUGAUCAAGACAAAAAGGUGAAGACCUCAGAAAAAUCAGCCGAUAAAAAACAGCAAGGAAUCACCACCAGGGAUUAUUCAGAUCUUAAAAGACUUCGGUGCCUUUUGAACGUUCAGUCAAGCAAACAACAGCUUCCAGCCAUUACCUUCGAUAGUGCCCCGAAUAGCAUGACGAAGUCUGAGCCCGCCAUGAAGGCAGGUGGACCCAGAACUCGAGGUCAGUGGCAUGAGUCCACAGAAGCUGUUGAACUUGAAAAUUUUAGUAUAAACUACAAGAAUGAGAGAAAUUUCAGCAAACAUCCCCAGCAUGAACUAUUUCAGGAGAUCUUUACAGCCCUGGUGAAAAAUAGACUCAUAUGCAGAGAGUGGGUUAAUCGAGCCCCAUCUAUUCAUUUUCUGAGAGUAUUAAUCUGCCUGAGACUAUUAAUGAGGGAUCCAUGUUAUCAGGAAACACUCCAUAGCUUGGGUGGGAUUGAAAACCUAGCUCAGUACAUGGAGAUUGUGGCCAAUGAGUACCUGGGCUACGGAGAGGAGCAACACAGCGUGGACAAGCUGGUCAACAUGACGUAUAUUUUUCAAAAACUGGCUGCUGUCAAAGACCAAAGAGAAUGGGUCACCACAAGUGGAGCCCACAAGAUAUUAGUAAACUUGCUCGGUGCCCGAGACACCAAUGUUCUGUUGGGGGCGCUCUUGGCUUUGGCUAGUUUAGCUGAAAGUCCAGAAUGUAGGGAGAAGAUAAGUGAACUCAACAUUGUAGAGAACCUGCUGAUGAUUUUACAUGACUAUGACUUGCUUUCCAAAAGACUGACUGCCGAGUUACUGCGCCUACUUUGUGCUGAACCUCAGGUGAAAGAACAGGUGAAGCUCUACGAGGGGAUACCUGUCCUUCUCAGUCUGCUCCACUCUGACCACCUGAAACUACUCUGGAGUGUUGUCUGGAUUCUGGUUCAGGUGUGUGAGGACCCUGAGACCAGUGUGGAAAUUCGCAUUUGGGGAGGCAUCAAGCAGAUCCUUCAUAUUUUACAAGGAGAUAGAAAUUUUGUUUCCGAUCGUUCUUCCAUUGGGAGCCUGUCUAGUGCAAAUGCAGCUGGCCGCAUCCAGCAGCUUCAUUUGUCAGAAGACUUAAGCCCUCGGGAAAUACAAGAAAAUAUCGUCUCUCUUCAAGCAGCCUGCUGUGCUGCCCUCACUGAACUGGUGCUCAACGACACCAACGCCCACCAGGUGGUUCAGGAAAAUGGUGUGUAUAUAAUAGCAAAAUUAAUUUUACCAAACAAACAAAAGAAUGCAGCAAAAACUACUCUUUUACAGUGUUAUGCUUUCAGAGCCUUGAGGUUUCUCUUCAGUAUGGAAAGAAACAGACCACUCUUUAAAAGACUUUUCCCCACCGACUUGUUCGAGAUCUUCAUCGACAUAGGACAUUACGUUCGCGAUAUCAGUGCGUAUGAAGAGCUGGUGUCAAAGCUGAAUUUAUUAGUGGAGGACGAAUUGAAGCAAAUUGCUGAAAAUAUCGGAAGCAUUAAUCAGAAUAAAGCCCCCUCAAAGUAUAUAGGCAACUAUGCGAUUCUGGACCGUCUUGGCAGUGGCGCUUUUGGCUGUGUCUACAAGGUUAGGAAGCGUAGUGGCCAAAAUCUUCUAGCAAUGAAAGAGGUCAACCUACAUAACCCAGCAUUUGGAAAGGAUAAGAAAGAUCGAGACAGCAGUGUAAAGAAUAUUGUUUCUGAAUUAACAAUAAUUAAAGAGCAGCUUUAUCAUCCCAACAUCGUACGCUAUUACAAAACGUUUCUGGAAAAUGACAGAUUAUAUAUAGUCAUGGAGCUGAUAGAAGGGGCCCCUCUUGGAGAACAUUUCAGUUCUUUGAAGGAAAAGCAACACCAUUUUACUGAAGAAAGACUGUGGAAGAUAUUUAUACAGCUGUGCUUAGCUCUUCGGUACCUACACAAGGAAAAGCGGAUAGUCCAUAGAGACCUGACACCAAACAACAUUAUGUUGGGGGAUAAGGACAAAGUAACAGUUACUGACUUUGGCCUGGCAAAGCAAAAACAAGAAAACAGUAAACUCACGUCUGUUGUUGGAACGAUCCUGUAUUCCUGCCCCGAGGUCCUGAAGAGUGAGCCGUAUGGGGAGAAGGCUGAUGUCUGGGCAGCAGGCUGCAUCCUUUAUCAGAUGGCGAGUCUGAAUCCUCCCUUUUACAGCACCAACAUGCUCUCCCUGGCUACUAAAAUAGUGGAGGCGGUAUACGAACCAGUGCCAGAAGGCAUUUACUCUGAAAAAGUGACAGAUACCAUCAGCAGGUGUCUCACUCCGGAUGCAGAAGCCCGCCCGGAUAUUGUCGAAGUCAGUUCCAUGAUAUCAGAUAUCAUGAUGAAAUAUUUAGACAACUUAUCUACAUCCCAGCUUGCCUUGGAGAAGAAGCUGGACCGGGAACGGAGGCGCACCCAGAGGUAUUUUAUGGAAGCCAACCGGAAUGCUGUCACAUGUCACCACGAGCUGGCUCUGCUGUCUCAAGAAACCUUUGAGAAGGCAAGCUUGAGUAGCAGCAGCAGUGGAGCAGCCAGCCUGAGAAGUGAGCUUUCAGAAAGUGCAGACCUGCCACCUGAAGGCUUCCAGGCGCCCUAUGGUAAGGAUGAAGACAGGGCCUGUGACGAAAUCCUGUCAGAUGAUAACUUCAACCUGGAAAGUAUUGAGAAAGAUAUAUAUUCAGAGCUUGAUGAUGAGUUGGACAUUUCGGGUAACUCCAGUAGCUCCAGUUCAAGCCCCUUGAAAGAGUCUACAUUCAGCAUUUUAAAGAGAAGUUUCAGUGCUUCAGGAGGAGAAAGGCAAUCCCAAACAAGGGACUUCACUGGUGGGAUAGGAUCAAGACCAACACCAGCUUUGCUGCCUUUUGACCUGCUUCUGAAAGCGCCCCCCCUCAUGCUCAGGGCCCACGUUAAGGAGCUAGAGACCGAUUUAGUGACAGGGUGGCAGUCCUGUAGCCCUCCCGCUGUGAUUCUUCGCAAUCUCAAAGAUCAUGGGCCACAGCUGAGCACAUUCUUGUGGCAAGCCUCUGCAGGGAUUGCUGUGUCCCAGAGGAAAGUACGUCAGAUCAGUGACCCUAUCCAGCAGAUCUUAAUUCAGCUACAUAAAAUCAUCUACAUCACACAGCUUCCUCCGGCCCUGCACCAUAAUUUGAAAAGAAGGAUUAUAGAGAGAUUCAAGAAAUCCCUCUUCAGCCAGCAGAGCAACCCUUGCAAUUUGAAAUCUGAAAUUAAAAAGUUAUCUCAGGGAUCUCCAGAACCGAUUGAGCCCAACUUUUUUACAGCAGAUUGCCAUUUAUUACAUCAUUCAUCAGGUGGAAAUGGCCUGUCCCUAAAUGACCCAACAGGUCUAUCCACCAGCUUUGACAUGGAGGAGGGAAUAACAUAUGAACAGAUGCAGACUGUGAUUGAAGAAGUCCUAGAGGAAAGUGGCUAUUACAAUUUUACUUCUAACAGGUGAGACCCAGAGCUUGCUUUCAGACGUGAAGUUUGAAUUGAGAUAAUCAGAUGUUAGAUUUGAUUUCUCUAUGCUUGAUUCUGGGAACCCUGGUGGUGUAGUGAUUAAGAGCUACAACUGCUAACCAAAAAGUCGGCAGUUGGAAUCCAUCAGGUGCUCCUUGGAAACUCUAUGGGGCAGUUCUACUCUGUUCUAUAUGGUCGCUAUGAGUAGGGAUUGAC